AUGAGUCUAGAAUGCCCUGGUUUGUCCGGAAGCUGCAAACCGCCAACAGAAUGUGGAUACACGUACGUGAACGAGACACUCUGGAUUCCAGGAGAAGAUAUGAUUGGACUGAACCCGGACUGUAUGUUGUGGAACAAUGACCAGAGACUACUAUGUUACCAGUGUAGCUCUUGCAAAGCUGGUGUCCUUGGUAGCUUAAAACAGAGUUGGAGGAAAGUAUCAGUGAUCAAUAUUGUGGGUUUGAUCAUACUUGUUAUCUUCUAUGUGAUCGCUUAUGCGGCUUACCGUGUUGUUAAGAGGAUGGAUAAUGACGAACCCGCCGGUGAGGCUAGGAUGACCAAAUCUCAUCCUAGUCAUUUUGAGAUUUGA